UGGAGCGGGCGCGGGGGCGCGCGCUGGCCUGACGGACGGACUGACGGACAAACGGACGGAGCAGCAGAGGCGAGCGCGCAUCUCAGACCCGCCCGGACGCAGCGCUCGCCCGGUGGCGGCGGCGGCGAUCACCGGCUCCGGUCCGGCGGCCGCAGCGCCUGCCCUCGCCCGCGCCCCAUGGGGUCACAGAGUCUGUAGGAGAGGCGGCACCGAGGCUUCCCGAUGAGCAACCGGCGGGAAGACAUGGAAAUCACGUCCCACUACCGGCACCUGCUGCGCGAGCUGGACGAGCAGAGGCAGCACGGCGUCCUGUGCGACGCGUGUGUCGUGGUCGAGGGCAGGGUGUUCAAGGCCCACAAGAACGUGCUGCUCGGCAGCAGCCGCUACUUCAAGACGCUGUACUGCCAGGUGCAGAAGGCGUCCGAGCCGGCCACGGUCACGCACCUGGACAUCGUCACGGCCCAGGGCUUCCAGGCCAUCAUCGACUUCAUGUACUCCGCCCACCUGGCCCUCACCAGCCGGAACGUCAUCGAGGUGAUGUCCGCGGCCAGCUUCCUGCAGAUGACGGACAUCGUGCAGGCCUGCCACGACUUCAUCAAGGCCGCGCUGGACAUCAGCAUCAAGCCGGACGCCUCGGACGAGCUCUCGGAGUUCGAGAUGGCUGCCCCGCCCGGCAGCGGCGCCGACGCGCUCCUCUCCGCCGUGAUGGCCGGAAGGAGCAUCUCCCCGUGGCUGGCUCGGCGCCCCAGUCCCACCAAUUCUUCUGGAGACUCGGCCAUCGCCAGCUGCCACGAGGGAGGAAGCAGCUACGGCAGAGAGGACCAGGAGUCCAAGGCCAACGGCGCCGACGACCUGUCUGCGCAGGCGCUGUGGCCCGGCGACGCGGGCUGCGGGCCUCUGCGCGUCAAGGAGGAGCAGAGCUCGCCCUCCCACUGCGGAGGGAGCGAGCCGCCCGUGGCCCGGGAUGGCGCCGCGCAGAACCCUUUCUCCGAGCAGGCCGCAGGGGAUGGCUGGCAGCCCACGGGCCGAAGGAAGAAUCGGAAGAACAAAGAGACGGUCCGGCACAUCACGCAGCAGGCGGAGGACGAGAGCCAGGCCGGGUCCCCGGGGCCAGCCUUCUUGCAGACGUCCGGGCAGCCAUUCAGCGGCCGUGACUCAAAUUCAGACUUGACCGUCGCCGAGGCCAGCAGCUCCGACAGCCGAGGGGACAGGGUGGACCUCUGUGCCCACGUGGACGAGGGCUUCCUGGGGGCAGAAGCCAGCUACCUGGGCCGGCCCCUCACCCCCGAGAAGGACGAGGCGCUGCAGCAGGCCACCGCGGUGGCCAACCUGCGGGCGGCGCUCAUGAGUAAGAACAGCCUGCUGUCCCUCAAGGCCGACGUGCUCGGGGACGACAGCGCCCUCCUGCUGGAGUACCUGCCCAAAGGCACCCACUCCCUGUCUCUCAAUGAGUUCACGGUCAUCAGGAAGAAGUUCAAGUGCCCGUACUGCAGCUUCUCGGCCAUGCACCAGUGCAUCCUCAAGCGCCACAUGCGCUCCCACACAGGCGAGCGGCCCUACCCCUGCGAGAUCUGUGGGAAGAAGUUCACCCGGCGCGAGCACAUGAAGCGGCACACGCUGGUGCACAGCAAGGACAAGAAGUACGUGUGCAAGCUGUGCAGCCGGGUGUUCAUGUCGGCCGCCAGCGUGGGCAUCAAGCACGGCUCGCGGCGCCACGGCGUGUGCGCCGACUGUGCGGGCCGCGGCGCGGCCGGGCCGCUGGAUGGUGUUGGGGCCGCCGGCUCCCCUGAGCUAUUCUCCAGUGACGGACCCUACCUGGAGGACCCCGACGACCCUCGCGGGGACGGCGAGGAGGAGCUGGGUGAGGACGAGGACGACGGCCUGGCCCACGAGGACGCGCUGCUGGGGGAGGACAAGGACGACGAGGACUCGCCUCGGGGGCCGCGCAGCCCCUUGGGGUCGGCUGGCAAGGACUUUGCCUGGAUCUCCUAGGCCCUGGGCCGGGCACCGGGGUGGUGGCUGUGCCACCCCUCCACCUGAGUGUGCAUGCUUAGGGGUCUCCCUCGCCCGGGAGGGCCAUCUGAGCCCGCAGCCCCCCUCCCGGCCCCUCGGUUCUGCUCCUGCCCCAGACAUACCCGAGGGCCAGCCCGGCGGUCUCGGGAGCAGGUGUGGGCUCCGCCACGGGGGCUCUGGGGUCCAACACGAAGUUGGUGGGGUACA